AUGUGUCUGUUGGCAUCUGUGAAGGACCUGUCAGGCGACAACUGGCAGAUCUGUCUCACAGGGUUCGAGGAGGCCCUCGAGGAGGCCCGGCAGGUGGACAAGCUGCUCGCCGAGGGUCCCAACGACGACAUGCUGGAGGAGAAGUUCCCCUUCCUGGGUGUGCCCGUCACCGUGAAGGAGGCCUUUGCACUGCACGGGAUGCCCAACACAUCGGGCCUGGUGAGCCGCCGCAAUGUGAUCGCUGCGUCAGACGCUGCCGUGGUGUCGAGGCUGAAGCAGGCGGGCGCCAUCCCGCUGGGGGUCACCAACUGCAGCGAGCUGUGCAUGUGGUACGAAUCCAGCAACAGGGUCUACGGGCGCACCAACAACCCCUACGACCUGCAGAGGAUCGUGGGCGGCAGCUCAGGUGGGGAGGGCUGUGUCCUGGCAGCCGCCUGCUCCGUGAUCGGUGUGGGCUCCGAUAUCGGUGGCAGCAUCCGGAUGCCUGCCUUCUUCAACGGAGUCUUUGGCCACAAACCCACCACAGGGGUGGUGCCCAACGACGGCCAGUUCCCCAACGCGCAGGGGGUGCGGACCAGCUUCCUGUGCACCGGGCCCAUGUGCCGCUACGCGGAGGACUUGGAGCCUAUGCUGAGGGUCAUGGCUGGGCCUGGAGUCAGAAAGCUGAAACUGGAUGAAAAGGUGUCACUGGAGAAAAUUAAGUUUCUCUGCAUGGAUCAUGAUGGUGGGUCCAUUUUUGUGUCGCCUGUGGAAAAGGAGAUCUUGCAGAUGCAAAAGAAGGUGGUGGAGCACCUGGAAGGUGAGCUGGGCAUCCAAGUUCAGCGUGUGGCCAUCCACAAGAUGAAGUAUUCUUUCCAGAUCUGGUCAGCCAUGAUGUCUUCCUGUGACAGUGAUGGGCAGGAGGCACAGCUCUUCACAGACCUGCUUGGGGACCAUGGGAAGCCAGUGUGGCCACUGUGGGAACUGAUCAAGUGGCUCGUGGGCAUGUCUACCCAUACCUUCCCAGCCAUUGCUCUAGGGUUGACAGAGAAGCUGGUGAAACUGAACUCUGGUGGGAACGCCAAGCUGGUGAGCAUGGGGAAGAGCCUGCAGGCCGAGAUGGAGACCUUACUGGGGCCAGAUGGGGUGCUCCUGUACCCCUCUCAUCCCACUGUGGCUCCCAAGCAUCACUCUCCCCUGUGCAUGCCCUUCAACUUUGCCUACACAGCUAUCUUCAACGUCUUGGGCUUGCCGGUGACGCAGUGCCCGCUAGGUCUGAGCAGCGAGGGGCUGCCACUGGGCAUCCAGCUGGUUGCAGGGGCCUACAACGACCACCUGACCCUGGCAGUAGCCCGCUAUCUGGAGAAGGCCUUCGGAGGAUGGGUAUUCCCUGGAAAAGCCUAGCGUGUGUUCCCAGGACACCGAGGAGGAAGAGACAGAGACAGUUGUGUUCACAGAGGCUGC